UCUGGACGCUUACACGCACAGGGCAGGCACACAGGCAUGCUGUAGAUACUACAAGUCAGACACAGGACUUAGCCAACAGAUCAUCUUGUCCCACCAUCAAGGAAUAAAUCCCACUUUCUUAUGACAAACUACUAUCCAUUAAGAGGAUGAAAAGCCAUGUGGAAUUUUCUGGCUUGCAAAUUUGACUAGAAGACUUUCAACAGAUUGAAAAGACGGUUUACAUAGCAACUUCCUCUUUUCUGAAAUUUCCUUCCAGUUUGCAAGAUCCUGCUUUCUUUCAGCAUUUGCUUUAUGCCUGAUUCCCAUGCCGUCCGCCAUAAAUGCAGCGGUGGCUCAGCAAACAGCUGCUGGGUCACUUCCCAGCCCUACUAUUAGCACUACAACUGAAGGGGCAGGUGGGGGCACAGGGGGGAUUUAUUCUGCCAUUAUAAGUCGCAACCAGCCCAUUAUCAGCGUAAAGGAGAAGACCUAUGAAGAGCUUCACAAGAAGUGCCUGGAGAAGAACAUUCUCUAUGAAGAUCCUGAUUUCCCACCAAAUGAGUCCUCCCUCUUCUAUAGCCAGAAAAGCCCUGUCAAGUUCGAAUGGAAAAGACCACAUGAAAUCUGUGAGAACCCACGGUUUAUUAUCGGUGGAGCCAACAGAACAGAUAUCUGCCAAGGAGAAUUAGGUAACUGCUGGUUUCUGGCUGCCAUUGCUUGCCUGACACUGAAUAAAAAACUACUCUGUAGAGUCAUACCUCAUGACCAGUCCUUUAUACAAAACUAUGCUGGCAUCUUUCACUUCCAGUUCUGGCGCUAUGGAGACUGGGUGGACGUUGUCAUCGAUGACUGCUUACCCACGUACAACAACCAGCUGGUCUUUACCAAAUCCUCCCAGCGCAAUGAAUUCUGGAGUGCCCUCCUGGAAAAGGCCUAUGCAAAACUCCACGGGUCAUAUGAAGCUUUGAAGGGAGGCAACACCACUGAAGCCAUGGAGGACUUCACUGGAGGAGUCACUGAGUUCUACGAGAUAAAGGAUGCCCCUAAAGAUAUUUAUAAAAUCAUGAAACAUGCCAUUGACAGAGGAUCCCUCAUGGCCAGCUCCAUUGAUGAUAACCUGGGCUUUUCCUAUGGAUCAGCUCCUAGGAGCGACAUUGGAGAACUCAUUGCUCGCAUGGUGAAGAAUCUAGAAAAUGCACAGAUGACUCAAUCUACUGCAAACUACCAGGGGAUGGAUGAGAGACCAGCCUGGACCAUAGUGCCAAUGCAGUAUGAAACCCGGAUGUCUUGUGGGCUCGUCAAAGGUCAUGCCUACUCUGUGACAGCUGUGGAAGAGACAGUAUUUAAAGGGGAAAAAUUACGUCUGGUACGGCUGAGAAACCCCUGGGGACAGGUGGAAUGGAACGGACCUUGGAGUGACAAGUCAGAGGAGUGGAACUCUGUUAACGAAGCAGAGAAGAUCCGCCUGCAGCACAAGGUCAUGGAAGAUGGGGAGUUCUGGAUGCCAUUUCAAGAUUUCAUGAGGCACUUCACAAAGCUUGAGAUCUGUAACCUCACACCAGACACCCUGGAAGUGGAUAAAUUCCAAACCUGGACUGUAUCUGUCAAUGAAGGGCGCUGGGUGAGAGGCUGCUCAGCUGGAGGUUGCCGCAAUUAUCCAGAUACAUUUUGGACCAAUCCCCAGUAUCGCUUGAAGCUCCUGGAGGAAGAUGAUGAUCCUGAGGAUGAAGAGGUUAUCUGCAGCUUCCUUGUCGCACUGAUGCAGAAAAAUAGGAGGAAAGAGCGCAAGCUGGGAGCCAGCCUGUAUACCAUUGGCUUUGCCAUCUAUGAGGUACCCAAAGAGAUGCAUGGUACUAAGCACCACCUGCAGAAGGAUUUUUUCCUCUACAAUGCCUCCAAAGCAAGAAGUAAGACCUACAUAAAUAUGCGAGAAAUCUCUGAGCGCUUCCGGUUACCUCCCAGUGAGUACGUCAUCAUCCCAUCUACAUAUGAACCCCACCAGGAGGGAGAAUUCAUCCUGAGGGUUUUCUCAGAGAAAAGAAGCCUUUCAGAGGAGGUUGAAAACAUGAUUGAGGCGGAGCGUCCAUUGAAGAAAAAGGGCAAGCCUAUCAUCUUUGUUUCUGACAGAGCGAACAGCAAUAAAGAGCUGACAGCAGAUGAAGAUGCUGGCAAAGACAGUGAAAAAAACCAAAUAGAUGAGAAAAAGCGUUCUUCAGCAAAAGGUCAUGAGGAGAGUGAAGAGCAAAAACAGUUCAGGAAUAUUUUCCGACAGAUUGCAGGGGAUGACAUGGAGAUCAAUGCUGAAGAACUUAGGAAUGUUCUCAAUAACGUCGUAAAAAAACAUAAGGACCUAAGGUCAGAAGGAUUUGAAUUGGAAUCCUGCCGCAGCAUGAUUGCUUUAAUGGAUACAGAUGGCUCAGGGAAGAUAAACUUUGAUGAAUUUCGACAUCUCUGGGACAAGAUUAAAAGCUGGCAGAAAAUUUUCAAGCAUUAUGACACAGAUCAUUCAGGAACCAUUAACAGCUACGAGAUGCGCAAUGCAGUCAAUGAUGCAGGGUUUCGGCUGAACAACCAGCUCUACGACAUCAUCACCAUGCGUUAUGCAGACAAGAACAUGAACAUUGACUUUGACAGCUUCAUCUGCUGCUUCGUGCGCCUGGACGCCAUGUUCAGGGCAUUCCACGCCUUUGAUAAAGAUGGAGACGGCAUCAUUAAGCUCAAUGUCCUGGAGUGGCUGCAGCUCACGAUGUAUGCAUAACACUGGAGCCAGUGGCCACCUUCUCAAGAACAAGCUCAACACUUCUGAGUAAUGAGCACCAUUCAUCCCGAGGGCAAACAAGAGCACUUCCUAAUUAUGUGAUUCACUUGCCAAGAUAAACAGCGCAUGGGAAUAAGCCCCUGGAAAAAGAGACAACCAUACUCUCGCAGGCACAACAGUGUGCAUAUUCUGUAACUACUUUUAUAGCAUCCUGACAUUUUUUCUUUUGGGCAACAUGGAUUAAUUUAUUGAUGACUUAAUUAAGCUUUCUCUGCAUGGUAAAGACAUGGAACAUAUAUUGUUAUUCUGCUUGUGCUGACAACUAGAAAGGUUUUCCCUCAAGUCAGGUGAAACUGGAGUUGUAUCUAACAGUGAAAGUCAGAGGUGUUUACUGCCACCUUGUAAUUAGUAAUUCUCAGUGCCCUGCUUUUGGUAUUAUCCUUUCAGACUCUUUGUAACAUUUACUGAAUAUUUCACAUGAGACUGUGCUAAUUACAUUAGUAUUAUGCAUCCCAAUCACACUGUUAUAGAUUAGGCUGUGCCAGCUGGAUCUCUGCUAUGCUAAAAAUGUGACGGUAAGACAUGACAGACUGCAAUACCAAAGUACAGCUCAAUCUAGUGCCUCAGCAAAACUAUCAGAACUGAGAAAUUUGCUCUCAUUUUUAGUACCCUCAUGAGAUAUUAAUUACACAUUUGGACAUUCUAAGUGUUUUUCAUUGUAAUUGCAUUCUCCAUAACUUUGAGAAACUUGUUUACCAUUUGAGGUAGAAAACCUCUUAUACAUACAAAUCUAUUUAUCUACACACACACACCCACACACACACAUUUCCCCCACCCCCCAGGGUCCUAUUUCUCAACAGUACUCUGUAUUUCUUUAUUGCAAGAGGUGAUUUGUUGCAGAAUCAGACACAAUGUCAGCAUGACCACUUCGAAAAUAUUAUUACAAUGUGCAAGUGAAAUUACUUUAAUUGAACUAAAAAUAAAAACAACUGGAUUUUGGCCUAA